UAAUAAAAACAUUUGAUUGAUUAAAUUAUUGUUAAAAAUUUUAUUUAAUGUAAUUUUUGACCAGUAAUACGUAGACACCUGCUGUGUUUGUACUUCCCACCACCUACUUGGGUUGUCCGCAGACAACAAAUGUUCAUACAUAUCGCAAUUCCGUUCAAUUUGUUGAAUUGUUAGCCGACAAGCCAACAAAAUGCUGCCCGCCAUUGUGUUCCGGCAAAUGCACCGCCCCCUCAGCGCAGGCGGUCUGCAUCAUGGGGCAGCAACCACAUUGAAGCAUGUGCUCGGCGUGGGAGGCAGCAGUUUUGUUAACUGUCUAAAUCGUUAUGCCGCUGCUACCGGCUUCAUACGUAUCUCUUUUUUGGAUAUCAAUCAGCGACGCAAUUGGGAUGUGGCUAGACUGCGGCUUUAUGCGGACGCCAAAAAGCAAUCGCUUCAUCUGCGCACACUCCAAGGCAGGGAUUUGCUCCAGGGCGUCAUUGAUAAGCAGCGUGCAGAGUUUAUUGAGCGCAAAAACUUCCUGGUAGAUGAUAUACGUGAGGCACGUCACAAGGUGCAGGAGCGUGUCAGAGAGAAGAUUGUCGAGAUACGCGAGGAGCGUGAAAAUAUCAUGACCAUACCUAAUAUGUUGACCAUCAGCCGCGCCAUACUUUCGCCCUAUAUUGGCUACGUUAUAGUUCAGGGCGAUUAUACGCUAGGCAUGAGUCUGCUUGUCGUCGCCGGCAUUACAGAUCUGCUCGAUGGUCAGAUUGCGCGUCGCUGGCCGUCGCAAGCUAGCAAGGCUGGCUCCUUUUUGGAUCCCAUGGCCGACAAGCUGCUAAUGGGAUCAUUGGUCAUAUCGUUGUGCUACAGCGAACUAUUGCCCAUGUGGCUGACUGGUGUUGUUGUAUUUCGUGAUGUGUUCCUAAUUGCCGCUGGCUUUGUUAUACGCUAUAUUAGUCUUCCACCACCAAAAACGUUUUCGCGAUACUUUGAUGCCACCCAUGUGACUGCCCAAUUGGAGCCUACAUUCAUAAGCAAGGUAAACACAGGUGUACAGCUAGCCACAAUUGGUAUUAGUCUGGGCGCACCUAUAUGGAAUUAUAUAGACCAUCCAGCCUUGCAUGGACUUUGGUAUUUAACAGGCGUAACUACAAUCGCCGCUGCCCUCAGCUAUGUCAUUAAUCGACGGAAUACUUUUAAAAUUAUAAAAAAGAAGACGUAGAACUGAGCAUUUCUGUUAUGAAAACUA